AUGGAUGCAUCAAGCACGCCCACGGGGCAACACCCAAACCCGGCAACGCCCAACUCGGGGCACCACCAGGCCUCCACAACCGACUUGGUCCCCGGCCGGUACAUCGUCCAGCUCCAGCCCGGCGUCGACUUCGUCGCGCACCUACAGAAAGUUCAGCGCCUCCUCGAGUCGUCUGGCGCACUGGGCGGUAUCCUUCCAGACGCGCCCCUCGCAGCAAUGGGCAUAUACAUCGUUAACAUUCCCUCAAACGUUGCCAUUAUCCUCAAGGCCGAUAGGGACGUCAAACAUAUGCAACAAGACAAAUAUCUUCCUUUGGACAGUUCGUAA